CCUCCUGGGCUCGGCAACUGGGAUAAUUCCUGUUACCAGAACUGUAUAAUUCAGGGCCUUGCCUCCUUGCACUCCCUCAAGGAUUUCCUCUCCGCACCAUCCAUGAACUUCCAUCGCCUCGAAGAAAACUCAACAAUACAUUCCCUACAGGAGACAUUAUUGAAACUGACCGAUCCUGCAAACGGUGGACGUCAACUAUGGCUCCCAGGAAAACUGAAAUCAAUGAGUAGCUGGCAACAGCAAGAUGCUCAAGAAUACUUCUCGAAGAUUAUGGAGCAAAUGGACCAGGAGGCUCGGAAAGCAACCACUAUCAAUUCUCUGUUAUUGGGGUUGAAAGAUAUACCGGAUUCCAAUGAGACCUUGCCAGAUGCAGAGACUGCAUCGCAUCUCCAGUCGCUCAGACUUCACAACCCUCUUGAGGGCAUGCUUGCUCAAAGAGUUGGAUGUAUCAACUGUGGCUAUUCCGAAGGUCUGAGCUUGAUCCCGUUCAAUUGCUUGACGGUAGCUCUUGGCCGAAGCCACUUAUACGACAUCCGUGAUUGCCUUGAUGAAUAUACCAAACUCGAACCCAUCGAAGGCGUCCAGUGCGCCAAGUGCUCGGUCCAGCACCAUUUGGAAGGCUGUAUGAGAAUGGCCACCGAGAAGAAAGAUGGCUCAUCUCUCGAUACGUUUCAUCAGGCCGUCCAAACCAGGGUGAACACGCUGCGGGCCGCACUCAACGACGAAGAUUUCUCGGACGAUACCCUAACAAAGAAGUGCAAGAUCCCGAAGCGACAAUGGGUGUCCAGCACGAAGACCCGACAAGCCGUCAUCGCGCGACCUCCGCAGUGCUUAGCCUUUCACGUCAACCGAAGUGUUUUCGACGAAAUGACGGGCACCCAGUGGAAAAAUUAUGCGGCUGUUCAGUUUCCACUGUUCUUAGAUCUAGAUGAAUGGGGCCUAGGCUCGAAGGUGGUCUCGAAACCGAUGCAAGAGCCCCCGUCCGAAACGCCGAACAUCAUCCCAGGCGAAGAAGCGUGGAUCAUGAAUCCGAAUGUCACGAUGCUCCCGAAUGGAGGAGACCAAUCGUCAUCCGAGCCCCACUGGCGGUACCGGCUACGCGCGGUCAUCACUCACUACGGAAGGCAUGAGAAUGGCCACUAUAUAUGCUUUAGGAAACAUUCCGGCGGACUUGGGUCCGACUCCGAUGGAGAUACCCCAACGCAAGAGAAUGCCGAGGCAUCGAAGGAUUCCUGGUGGCAGUUGAGCGAUGAGGAUGUCGUCGAAGUGUCGGAGGACAACGUUCUGUCACAAGGAGGCGUCUUCAUGCUUUUUUACGAGCAGGUUCCCGUCGACGGGAUCUCGGUAAGCCCAGAUCAGCAGCAGGACCAUUCCACCGCGGAAGAUGUGCACAUCACUCCACCUCUUACGGAGGCCGAU